CCGCAUAUAUCAGUACUGCUGAGUGUAGACAUGUAGAAGACCACCAAUAUUUUUAAGCAUCUUUGGACACAAACAAAAGAAGUGAAAUAAUAAGAAUAAAAAAAAAAUUAAUUAACCCUUAUAGCCUUUAAAUAGGUCCUCUCCUUUCUUUACAAGCCACCCAUUCUACUCUUCACUCUACAUAAAAAAUAAUAGCUCUUCUAAAAAUCCUCUCAAAUAGCUCCAAGAACCAUUUCAAAGGAAUGCUCAAAGUGGAAACUAAAGAUUAUUGGAAGGGAUUCAAGCUUGGGCAUCACUAUUGAAUUCAGAUAUGUUCCACCAACUGAUUGCAAGUUAUGGUGAGACUGAGGAUGUGAGUGAGUCUGGAGGAGAGGAAAGCGCUCAAAACCUUCCUCUAGUCCCUCGAGCCUGCUCCCAAUUGAGGAAGCCUUGUCCUGCAGCGGUAGAAGGCGAGGAGAAUGCUCAAGCCUCUCCUUCUGUCCCAAAUAUUGGUGGCCGCAUGAGGAGACCUUCCAUCGUGGUUCCCAGACUUCGUCCCGACGAUGCUACAAUUCAGAUGCUAGAGUCUGUGCAUGACAACAUUGACCUCCUUGUUCGACAAACUGCAACUGUUGAGGUGGUGCGUGACAUGUCCAACUACGAAGGUGAUACUGUCACUAGGGGAGUCCAAGAUAUCCUUCGGGGUGUAACUCAAUUCAUGGUCUCCAAUCUUAAUUCUUCAAAUUUACAAGAGAAACUGGUUGCCGCAGAAGCAACCCUUAAGGAGCAGAAGAAGCUCUCUGCUCUUUCGGAUGCAAAGUAUGAGUGUGACAAGGAUGAACUUAAGGACAUUCUUGGUAAGAGGUUGACAGAACUCAACGAUGCGCAAACACAGCUGAAGGAAAGAAAGGGCCAAGUGGUUUAUUACAUUGAUCAGAACUUCGCUCUUGCAAAGAAGAAUACGGAGCUAGAGAAGGACGCUAAAGAACAUGACUCAACGGUUAAGGCUUUGAAGGACAUUAUUCAGAAGCAUGAGGAGAGGGCAGCGAAAGACCAUCAGAAAUACAAGCGUGCCUUCGACGACCAAUUUUAUCAGUUGUGGAAAAAUAACCAAAAUCUUAACCUUUCGCACAUGCUUCCCCAGACUAAAGAUAAGGAGCUUAUGAAGUGCAAGGCAAGACUCCUUCGAGAAGCCACGCUUCCUCCCACUACUAAUAUUCCUAGUGCUGCUACUUCUAUGGACCUGCCUGAAGAUACUCUUCCUUAAGAGUUUUAGCCUUUGUGCUAUUUAUCCCGAGCGCAUGUGCUCCUUAGUUUUAUUAUCUUUAGACAACUUGCAUGGGUAAUUUGUGUUUUUCUUUCCUUGGUUACUUUUCAUCCAAGUACUUGACACACUCUAUUUUUUCUAAGUUAUCCUUAGUUAAAUAGCUAAUUAAAUGAGUUUGCUCUUUAAGCUCUCUUGAUGAACAUGUUUGACUUACUAGUUUUUUUUUUUUGGAGUUAAUACUCUUUUCUAGAUUAAGUGCUUAUCAUGUAUAUGAUUAAAUCCACUCUCUAUCC